AUGGGCCAUCGUACGAUAGGGCUAUCGCUGGCCGUGCUCUGCUUUCUACUGUCGGCUUUUGCCAGCAACGAGGUGCACGAGUACUGUGACAAAGUGUACCGCGUCAAUGGCAAUUCGAUUGAUUUUCCGUGCGAAUCGACGAAGAACAUCUACUGCUCGACGCAGCGCUACAUUCCUAGGAAUGUGAUACCGGUGCGUUGCCAGUAUGACCAUGAACGGGUUAUACUGGCACUGCCCCGGCUGAAGACCGGUGUCCCGGUCACGCUCGGUCAGAUUGACCUAAACAAACCGAACUGCUAUGCGCAUAUCAAGCCGUUCCCGUGCUGGGCCUACCAGGAGGAGGGAAACUGCAAUUCACUCCAAUCGGUCAUUGAUUUGUUCAAGGAUGUAAAGGGAAUUCUGUGGGUUUUGGAUUCCGGUAUAACAAACUUCCUGCAGCAACCCAUCAAACGUUGCCCACCGAAAGUAUACGCUUUCAAUUUAAACAAUGGCAAGACGCUGAAAACGAUCGAUCUGUCGGAGGUCGUAAAAUCCACUACGCGUCUGCAAUAUUUGGUAACGGACUAUGAUGAAAAUGGUCGUCCGUUCGUCUUUGUGUCCGACGCAGAUGGUGCCCUCAUUUCGAUCGAUGUGCAGAACAACAAAAUCUUCCGGGUGGUGCUGCCACGUGCAAUCUCGGCCGGAUGUGGUGACUCGGAUGUGCUUUAUCUGUUGCUGAUCAGUAAACCGAAGGGCCAAAGUUUGGUGAUCUUCAGCUACCUUUGCGGGCAGAAAGUGUACUCUAUAAAAUCGGAGCAUCUACGCAGCGGCAAGGGUGCGAAUGCGAUCGUCGAAAUGGGCACGAAGCGGAAGCACUCCGUGCUCCUCGGAACCGACGGCGGAAACGGUGUGGUGCUGCGCUACCGCAGCGAGGCAGAGCUGUUCCUUUGGGAUACGGACCAACCGUACCGGGAGUGCAACUUUGCGCUGAUUCAGAACGGGGACGAGUGUCGACUGUCGACGCACGUUUGUGUGGGCAAGAAUGAACAUCUGUUCAGUUUGUCGUCGAAUUUGGGAGAUUUCUUGAACAAUACCUGCGGAGUUGGCGGAGCUUCAUCGCGACUGAAGUACGUUUGUAAAGAGUGUGACGACGAUUGCUAUUGA